CUCUCUUGCCUCAACGCUCCUUUUUUGCCACUCUUUUACUACUUUUAUUUUCUUCUAAUGCUAUUUUAAACAGCCCAGCAGAGACAUAUAGGCCGGCCUUUCCGCUUUUCCUCGUUUCCCUCGUUUCGAAAACCUUUCCGUUUCUUUUAUUUUUUUUCACCCUAUAUCACUUCACCCUUUCCCUCAUAUAUCCCUUGCCCUUUUGUCUCUCUGGCUAUUCCCUCCUCCCUUAUCGCCUCCAGCUCCUUAUCCUACCUCUAUCACUUCCCCCUCGUUUUAUUGAAUCCACCAACCUACAUUUUGUUUUGACAAUGGGCAACCCGCAAUCUUCGCCGUUCGACAAAGGUGGACUGAGCCAGGACCCGAGAUAUGACCCCGACCAGUACUGCUAUAACGACAGCUUUGUUUCAGACUUCCAUGCACCGAUGCCUGGCUACCACCAGAACCAGUUUAGCCAGAGCAUGGGCGACCUCGGCGGCCGCGGCCGCUCGGAGAGCACCGGCAUGCGCUCAGACCGGACCUCGGACGAUCAGGCACCACUGACUACAUUCCUGGGCGCAUCCACCUGGCAGCACAUGUCGGCAACUCUACCACCAGGUGUGCGUGACCCGCUGAAUAUCGAGGAGCUUGAGCGUGAGGACUAUGCUGCCGGCCCGUCAUCGCGCAUGAGCCAUCUGACAUCGGUGUUUGGCGAAAAGCAGGGCUCCCGGCAUCUGAGCCAAAUGUCGUCCAAAGUUGUUGUCGGUGUGGCAACGGAGAAGUCCGGCGGUGAGGGUGAUUACCGGCCAAUUGACUGGGCAUACAUCCAGGACCACAAUUUGCGGACUGGUGGUCUGCCAUCACUGGACCAGGUGCUGACCCGGAAGACCAAAGCCCCAUUGGCCCUCAGGGACUUUGCUGUGCAUUGUUCAGUCAGGCAGCCCCAAGCCCGCCGCUGGCUCGAGUUUUACAUGGCGGCACGCACCCAUGAGAAGAUGUGUCUGGCAUAUGAGAGCGAUCUGCGCCAUUCCAAGUCCCAGAGCCAGUACGGCAAUCUGGAUGGCAUGGCUGCUCCCAAGAGCAACCGCUUUGACUCGUCAAAGGCGGACUCGAGUCUUAUUGGGGACUUCCCUGAUGGCCUGCGCUCGGCCUAUGCCUCGGGCAUCCCUGCAGACCCUGCAGCCAAGGAAGCUGCCCACAAUGCAACCGUCGAGUCGCUCUCACGCGGCCGUCCUGACGACCAGAUCUUCUACAAAGACGGUGCGUCUGAGAAAAAGCCAGCAAAGAGCGCCAACUACCGUCGCAGCCAUCGCCAGAGCACCCGCAUGGCGCUGCAGAUCCAGACAGCCGCCGAAACUGUCUUCCUGCGCUACUUCCGUGCCGCACUCGACCCCAACCUGCUGGCCGGCGGCAGUCCCUCGUACUGGCCCAACACAAUGGGACCUACCGCACUGCGGUCCCAGGCUAAAGGCGAUACCAGCGGCCUCGGCUCGCUCAAGCGCAUGCUGACCCAGAGCAACAAGGGUACCUCGGCUGACGGCAUGCGCCGCAAGAAUCCCAAGGGCCUGCAGCUGCGUCCCGACUCGUUGCGUCCAGCCUUUAAUGACGCCUACCAUCAGGGCUACGGUGUCCAGGACGGAGUGGGCAAGUCUGCCAAGCGCAACUCGGGCGGCGACAGCAAGUACGACAUCAUGGGCGGCCUUGCCUCACCUGACUCGCUGACUCGCUCGCGGGAGCACCUGUCGAAGCCCAUCGUCGACGACUCGCCCAACAGGUACCUCCAGAUGCAAGGCACACAGCGCCACAUCUACUACCACAUGCCGUGGCCGCCAGAGAUCCUGACCGACAUUGAGCAGCGGCUGCUGCACGACGGCGCGGCCCUGGACCCAAACCUGUUUUCCGAGGCCCUGCUCUAUGCAUAUGAUGUGCUGGACACGUACUACUUCCCUAUUUUCCUAUCGGAUGCCACGUCGCGCAACGUAACCAGGGACCACUGCACGCUGCGAGUGUUCAUUGCCUUUAUCCUGCUGUGGUUUGGCUUUGCACUGCCACUGGCGCUGAUUCUACUGGACCACAGGCCAAAGGAGGUGCGCAUCUGGUGCCUGGUGCCCCAGUUCAUUGGGUGGUGGAACAUGGCCGUUGGAUUUGGCGGCUGCGAUAUCCUGCUCGCCAUUAUGCGUAAAUAUCAGUCGCCGGCGCUGAGGCAGCAGGAGGUCGAUGAGAGUGCCGCAUCCAGCGAUACCUUUGCCGCGCACGGCAAAACCAAGUGGUUUGGCGGCAAGCAUGUCGGCAGCUGGCGCCGUGCCUGGUUCACCACCCGGGUUUCUGUCGAUAUGACUGCCACGCGAAUGGUCCGUGCCAGGAGUGUUCGGUGGUUCAUUGGCUCUGUGGUCAUGACUGCAGUCAGCACCGCUAUUCUAUGUGCAGUGCCGGGCACUCACAUCUAUACCAACUAGUAUCUUUUAGCAUCUUCGCAUUAUUGCCUCUCCUUCCCUCGCCAUCACUUUUGCUACAACCGCCUCUCCCCAUGCUCCUCCCUCCCCUCCAAUACAUCCACCUCCAAUGCCGUCCUUUUUGCUGUCAGCAUCUCAACUCCCCACGCUCAAUAGUCGUUACAACGCCCGGUCUACACAGAAGAUUCUUGCAUGCAAAUCACCAAUGGCUUUUGUGGUCCCAUUGGCUAAACGGUCCAAGCGACAUUUUGCCAAUGCAUCUAUUUUUAAUCUUCUCAACGCUCGGUCUGCAAAGGCCAGUCACCCACAGGCUACUAUUUUUACAUAACGUGCGUACCGUUAC